GCUCACACACAGAGCCUGGCAGAUCCCGAGCGGCGCUGACCGGGGCAUGGCUGCCAAGCGGAGCCCGCACCGCGCUGCCCCCGCUCUGCCCGCACACCGCCUGCCGCGGGAGGCUUGAUGGGGCUCUGGGGAGCGGAGGGCCCGGGAGGAGAGCCGGGCUGUGUCCGAGGAAGCAAACUUUUAUCCAGCACCUUCUUUAAACAAUGCAGAGAUAAAUUGGAGGAUUAAUUAUCACUGUGUAAGCGGACACCAUCAAAAUGAGUGUCCAGGGGAAAGGUUUCCCUUUGGACUUGGGGGGAAGCUUUACUGAAGACGCACCAAGACCACCUGUUCCUGGCGAGGAAGGGGAACUGAUUACAGCAGACCCUAAACCGUUCAAUCACAGUUACUACUCAGCAAAAAGCGAUGGGAUCAAAAAUGAGACCUCCACGGCCACUCCAAGGCGGCCAGACCUUGAUUUGGGCUAUGAGCCGGAAGGCAGUGCUUCGCCUACGCCUCCAUAUUUAAAGUGGGCAGAAUCCUUGCACUCUCUGCUGGACGAUCAGGAUGGAAUUAACUUGUUCAGAACUUUUUUGCAGCAAGAAAAUUGUGCAGAUCUUCUUGAUUUCUGGUUUGCUUGCAGCGGCUUUAGAAAGCUGGAACCCAGUGACUCCAAAGUGGAAAAGAGGCUAAAACUGGCAAAGGCGAUCUAUAAAAAAUACAUUCUUGACAGCAAUGGCAUUGUGUCACGGCAAAUCAAACCAGCAACUAAAAGCUUCAUAAAAGAUUGUGUCUUGAGGCAACAGAUAGACUCAGUAAUGUUUGACCAGGCCCAAACAGAAAUUCAGUCAAUGAUGGAGGACAACACUUACCCUAUAUUCCUUAAAUCAGACAUAUAUUUAGAAUACACUACUGUAGAUGGAGAGAGUCCUAAGAUUUAUAGUGACCACAGCUCGGGAUCUGGGACGGGUAAAGGUCCUUCUGGAUAUUUGCCUACCCUGAAUGAAGAUGAGGAGUGGAAGUGUGACCCAGGCAUUGCAGAUGAAGGAGAGCGAGACUCUUCUUCAAACAGGAUUAACAAGAGGCUCAUUCUUGAAGCUGCAUCACAUUGUAUAGCGCCCACCAGAAGGUUGAGCGACUCUCUUGAAUUCAGGCCUGGGACGUGGAGAGAGCCAGUGAACCCUUACUAUGUCAAUACUGGGUAUGCCGUGGCACCUGCCACUAGUGCCAAUGACAGCGAGCAGCAGAGCAUGUCAAGCGAUGCAGACACUAUGUCAUUAACAGACAGCAGUGUUGAUGGGAUCCCCCCUUAUAGACUCCGAAAGCAUCAUCGCAGGGAGAUGCAAGAAAGUGCCAAAGCAAAUGGACAUGUGCCACUACCUCACAUUCCUCGUACACAUCACAUGCCAAAGGAUAUCCACGUCGAUCCUGAGAAAUUUGCUGCUCAGCUAAUAAGCCGCUUGGAGGAAGUCCUGAGAGACCGGGAAGCUGAGCAGAAAUUAGAAGAGAGACUCAAACGCGUUCGAGCUGAAGAAGAAGGGGAUGAUGCAGAUGUCUCUUCAGGACCUUCGGUGGUCAGCCACAAGUUGCCUUCAAGCCAGCCAUUGCAUUAUUUCAAUUCUCGCUAUUCUGAAAUGGGUUGUGUUGGAAUGCAAGUCCGAGACGCUCAUGAGGAAAAUCCUGAAUCUAUCCUUGACGAACACGUGCAACGCGUCAUGAAAACUCCUGGUUGCCAAUCUCCAGGACCUGGUCGCCAUUCCCCAAAGCCACGCUCACCAGAUGGUGGCCACUUGAGCAAAGCCCUUCCUGGGUCAACGGGAACAAUGCAAACCGGUCACAGCAAGCAUUUGGCCAAGUGUGGCUCAAAAUUAGAAACUGCAAACUUUCCUCACAAGUAUGUCUAUCACCAUGUUCAUCCGCAUGGCAAUCCACACAGCGGGGUGAAACCUAAAGACCCAAUGGAAGUUGAAGCCACACAAAGAGUUCAAGGCAACCUGGCAUGGAACGUGGACUCUCAAAACUAUGCAACCAAAUCACGCAAUUAUGCAGACAGUAUGGGUUUGGCCCCCAAUCCAAUGGAUUCUUUGGGCUACAGUGGUAAAGUAAGUAUGCUUGCCAAAAGGAAUGCAAAGAAAGCAGAUUCAGGCAGGAUGGAGAGUGCAAACCAUGACAUGCCAGCUGUGCCAGAGGAUGCAGAGAGACACCAGAAAAUUCUGCAAUGGAUCAUGGAGGGCGAGAAGGAGAUUAGCCGACACAAGAAAACAGUUCACAGCUCUUCUGGUGCCAAGAAGCCACAGUCUCAUGAUGUGCCUAGACCAAUUUCUAUUGAGCGUCCCGGUACAGUACACCAGCGGGUUAGCGCUCAGCUCCGCAAUGUCGUACAGCCCUCUCAUCCCUUCAUCCAAGACCCUACCAUGCCUCCCAAUCCUGCACCUAAUCCACUGACGCAACUGGAAGAAGCACGCCGAAGGCUUGAGGAAGAGGAGAAAAGGACUGGAAAGAUACCACCGAAACAAAGGUAUGUCCAAGAAGUUAUCCAGCGAGGCCGUACUUCUGUCAGGCCAGCUUAUAUUCCCAUGCUGAAUGUGGUACCAGCGGUCUCCGACAUGGACCUCACAGAGUUAAAGCCACAGAAGAAGACUGGAACGGGUGCUUCCCAGCCCUGUGACAACAUUGUGGUGGCCUAUUACUUCUGUAGUGAGCCAAUACCUUACAGAACAAUGGUUAAAGGUCGCAUAGUGACCCUGGGACAAUUCAAGGAGCUGCUGACUAAGAAAGGGAAUUACAGGUAUUAUUUUAAGAAAGUUAGUGAUGAAUUUGAUUGCGGAGUUGUGUUCGAGGAGGUGCGAGAUGAUGAUACAAUUUUACCCAUUUAUGAAGAAAAGAUUAUUGGUAAAGUGGAAAAGAUUGACUAGGAAAGUUCUUUUUGGCAAAAGUGCCAAACAAGAAAGACAUGCUAAAUGGAACGGCUGCGGGAGAGAGGAUUUAUCAUGACACAGAUGAAAAAAACAAGAGCGGGUUCUGUAACCGUACGUCUGAGGCCCCCUGGCCUACAAUCCUUUGCUGAUGUAUUUGGUGGUACAUUAUUGGGAAGCUUGGUUUUAUCAGACUGCCAAGCCAUGUUUAAAGGCUGCAGCUUGGAGUCAUGCAUUCUGCUGGUCUCUCCAGAUUAGUAAAUUUAAUGUAGCAGUGUACAGUUAAACUAGAGAUUGUAUCAGAACCUUUCUUUAUAAAAAAAAAAAUCUGCUUAUUUUUGAUACAUGGUAAUAAAAUGGAAAGAUAUUUCCUAGAUCAGUGCUCUUAUGUAAAUUUAAAUGCUCUGCGGUGCUGAAGACGCCACAUUUGCCAGCUAUCUGUAAGGUCAAAAAUACAUUCUGCAACCUGUAAUUUAUUUAAUUCAUGCAAUUGUAUAGAUGUUUUUCCCCCCUCCCUUUCUGUAUCCACCACUUGUGUGUUUUGGUUUUUUUCCCCCUGGAUAAAUCCUUUGUACUCAAGAAAAUAUAAAUUUUGCACACUAAGCUUAGAUGCAGGCAUCAGCUGCUAGAUUUUGAGGAAACACAAAACUAUGGAACAAGCCAGCCUUUGGAAUAGAAAAAAAUCCUCAACCUUUCCUUGACUAAUUCUCACCCAUUUUUUGCAGCGGUCAAGGACAGUGUUUGA